CAACUUACCACUUGCAUGUUUUACUAGGGAAUGUACGUCCUCAGCAAUGUAGCUUCUGGAAAUGAACUCCACAAGGAAGCAGUCAUGAACCAACUUUUUCCACCGGCAGGCAGUGAUAUGCAAACAAUUUUGAUUAAGUUUCUUCAGAGUACUGACAGCCGAUUACGAACAGCUUCUGUGUGGGCUCUUGUAAAUCUUACUUUGACUAGCCCAGGUGCAAAUAUUCGGGUUAUGAAACUGCAGAGUGCUGGCAUAGUUUGUCAACUAAAGAAUAUGGUCAACGAUCCUUGCCUGGAUGUGAAGCUUCGGGCAAAAACAGCUCUUGGACAAUCAAUGAUGUUUGGUGAUAGUUCAAUGGGAUAAUUUGUUUUCACAUGUUGAUGAUUGAGAUUCUGAUGCAAGAUAGUGCUUGCGAUUUUCCAGGAGAGCAUAUCAGUAUGGCUCAAGUGUCCAGAUAAGAAUUUUUUUUGCUUUUACUUGAACGAUCCCUUACUCUUAAAUUCAUAAGCAUGCAAUUUUCUGUAAAUAAUUGCAUGGUGUAUGUUUUACAGUAGUUGAGCCAUUUUCAGAUUGAAGGUUACUGGAGCAAAUUUACCAAAUGUCAAUACUCCUAUUGUUUUAGCAGUUGUGUAAUCUAUGUUCUUGGAGGCCAUUAUGCUGAAUCAUAAUCUGGACACUGUAUUUUGGUCAUUUUCCUUUUCUGUACUUUUAAAGGCAACACAACUAUCCUUGAGCUUUUAGCGUCAUCAACUUGUUCAUUUUCUGGUGUAAUUGUGUUGACUUGUGAAUUUUGUUAAAUUUUGGAUCCAUAUUUCCUCUCUAUUA